UGACUCCCGACCCCGUGAUCUCUCUGAGCCAUGGAAACAAAGAUGGUGGCUCCCUGAGUGUCCAUGUGGCUUCGCAGACAGAAAAACUUCAUAACUUCAUAACUUCACGUUAAUUUAUUUAACAUCGUUGAAAACAAACAGCGGACUCUGCGGUGAAACCGUGACAGGAAGUAAAAAUGCAACACGACGACGUGAUCUGGGACAUUAUUGGAAACCAACAGUUCUGCUCCUUCAAAGUCAAGACAAAGAGUCAGAGCUUCUGUCGUAAUGAAUACAACCUCACAGGGCUGUGUAACCGCUCGUCCUGUCCUCUGGCAAACAGUCAGUACGCCACCAUCAGGGAGGAGAAAGGUCAGUGUUUUCUCUACAUGAAGGUGAUCGAGAGAGCAGCUUUUCCCUCCAAGAUGUGGGAGAAGGUGAAGCUCAGUAAGAACUACGAGAAAGCUCUGGAACAGAUCGACGAGAAUCUGAUCUACUGGCCUCGAUUCAUCAGACACAAAUGUAAACAGAGAUUCACCAAGAUCACCCAGUACCUGAUCCGCAUGCGCAAACUGGUCCUGAAGAGACAGAGGAAGCUGGUUCCUCUCAGCAGGAAGGUGGAGCAGAGAGAGAAGAGGAAAGAGGAGAAAGCUCUGAUCGCUGCUCAGCUGGAUAACGCCAUCGAGAAGGAGCUGCUGGAGAGACUCAAACAGGGAACGUACGGAGACAUCUACAACUUCCCCGUCCACGCCUUUGACAAAGCUCUGGAGCAGCAGGACGAAGAGAGCGAGUCCGAGUCUGAGGAGGAGGAGGAGGAGGAGGAUGAAGAGGAGGAGGAGGAGGACGUUGGGAAGAGAGAGUUUGUAGCAGAAGAAGAAGUGGAGGAGAGCGACCUGAGCGACUUCGAGGACAUGAACAAGCUGAGAACGAGCAGCGAUGAGGAGGAGGAGGACGAGGAGGAGUCGAGUGAAGAAGAAGAGGAGGAGGAGGAGGAGAUGGAGGUGGAGAUGAAGGCCUCCAAAUCUAAAGGCAAAUCCCCGGCUAACGGCUCGGUGGUGAGGAAGAAGCGAGCAUACGUGGAGAUUGAGUACGAGCAGGAAACAGAGCCCACCUCCAAGAGCAGAACCACAUCAUGAUGUCGGGCAUCAGUCGAACCUUGAGCAGAGACUCUGGUCCACGUUAACGCCGACGCCUCACGGUGCGUUCACUGAGCUCGUUCAUCACUGCAGGUGUUUUCCCAUCACUCCCUCUCAGACUGUGACACCGAGCUCUUCUGUUCAUGUUUAAAAAGACACAGAGUUUUCUCACAGGAGGUGGUUUCACUCACUGUUCGGGUGUUCGUCAAGGUCUCGGAUCCUCUAAGACUCUGAACUGUCAGGGUUUGAUGUUCUUUUAUCAAACCUGAAUCGUCUCUAGUCCUUUAUUCUCUUUAAGUUCAGCUUCAUCAUUUCUCAAGUAAAUAAAGUUAAUAAACAAUCA